CACCUUCACUCUUCUUAUUCCUGAUUAUUUGGGGGGAUUUCCCCCCUAUUUUUAACUGUAUUUUGUUAUCUUUUCCCAACCGUGAUUCCCCUAAAAGCCUGUUUGCCAUUGAUCCCAAUGGCUCUCCAACCGUGGAUUCCAGUUUUCCUGGAACAGAACCCUCGCGAUUCGCGAGGGAUUGCUAUAUACCCAAACCCUCACUUUGUGAAUCGUAUUUUUGCUAAGCUUUUGCUCCCCUGAACGAGUGGUCUGAGAGUCGUCGCAGGUUGCAUGCAGAGCCUCCAAGAUUUCACUGCUGAAAGCAAGCCCACACAACUACUAGCUGUUUGAGGGGCAGUGUGGUGAAGUGGCUAGAGUGUUAGAUCAUGACCAAAGAGAGUCCGGUUAUGGUCCCGGCGGCGUUAUCUCUGUUUGGAGAAAGCGAAGCAGAGAGGCGGUGAUAAAGCCAAAGGCUGCCUCGCCUGAGGGGAGGAUUUAUUGCUGAGUACGGAAGGCUGCGUUUCCCUCGGUCACGAUGUUGCGUCUGGCUGCUCUCCUCCUCCUCUUCGUCGUCUUCCGGCUAUUCCUGGGGCUGUCUUGGAUCCAAGUGGUCCCGGCCCUCCUAAUAUUCUACUUGGGGACCGGUGGAUGGACUUUCGUCCGCAUCUUAAUCAAGACGGCGAAACGAGAUCUCGUGACUGGGCACCUCGUACUAAUAACCCGGCUGAAGGUUUGGUGGUACGUGAGACAGAAGUACACCAUCCCCAAGCUCUUCCAAGAAACGGUUCAGCGGCAUCCCGAGAAGGUGGCCCUCGUUUUCCAGGGCACGGAUGAGUCCUGGACCUUCCGACAGCUGGAUGAGUACUCCAACAAGGUGGCCAACUACCUGUACGAACAGGGUUUCCGCUCCGGCGAUGUGAUCGCUUUGUUUAUGGAGUCCCGCAACCAGUACGUCGGACUCUGGCUUGGCAUGGCCAAGAUUGGGGUGGAGGCGGCUCUCUUGAACUCCCACGUCCGGCAGGAGUCCCUCUUGCAUUGCAUCAACAUCUCCCACUCCAAGGCGGUCAUCUUUGGAAGCGAGCUGGCUGACGCUGUGCGGGAGGUGCAGUCUUCCCUGGGGAAAUCCCUUCGCCUCUUCUGUUCUGGUGAGUGGAAAGCAGAAGACGUCCCUCCAGGCACAGAACAUCUGGACCCUUUCCUCGAAACAGCAUCCUUCCGUCCACCCAGUCCGCCACCCAAAGGAUUCUUAGAUAAACUGUUUUACAUCUAUACUUCGGGCACAACGGGGUUGCCAAAGGCUGCCAUCAUAGUCCAUUGCAGGUAUUUCCGCAUGGCAGCCCUGGUGUUUAAUGGCUUCCGUAUGACGCCGGACGACAUCGCUUAUGACUGCCUACCUUUGUAUCAUGCAGCAGGUAACAUAGUUGGGGUCGGCCAGUGUCUCCUGCAUGGGAUGACAGUGGUGAUCCGCAAGAAGUUCUCGGCUUCUAACUUCUGGGAAGACUGUGUGAAGUAUAACUGUACGAUUAUUCAGUACAUUGGGGAGAUUUGCCGGUAUCUCUUGAACCAGCCAUCACAGGAGGCGGAACGGAAGCACCACGUGCGGAUGGCCUUGGGCAACGGCUUGAGAUCCUCCAUUUGGAAGGAGUUCACCACCCGCUUCGGCAUCCCCCAGAUCGCCGAAUUCUAUGGCGCCACCGAGUGCAACUGCAGCGUGGGCAACUUUGACAACAAGUUUGGUGCCUGUGGCUUCAACAGCCGCAUCGUGCCCGGCGUUUACCCCAUCAACUUGGUUCGAGUGAACGAGGACACCAUGGAAUUGAUCCGGGGCCCUGACGGACUCUGCAUUCGGUGUAAACCAGGGGAAUCUGGGCAGCUGGUUGGGCGCAUCACGCAGAGCGAUCCCUUGCAACGCUUUGACGGCUACUUGAACCAUGAGGCCAACAAUAAGAAGGUGGCCCGUGAUGUCUUCAACAAAGGCGAUUCUGCCUAUUUAACUGGCGAUGUCCUCGUAAUGGACGAACUGGGCUACAUGUACUUCCGGGAUCGCACCGGUGACACUUUCCGCUGGAAGGGGGAGAACGUCUCCACGACGGAGGUGGAGGGGACACUCAGCCGCAUCCUCAACAUGACGGACGUGGUGGUCUACGGAGUGGAGGUGCCAGGAACUGAAGGGAAAGCAGGAAUGGCUGCCGUGGUGGACCCUGAUAACUCCUGUGACCUGGAGAGCUUUGCCGAAGAAAUGAGGAAAGCACUCCCAGUGUUCGCCCGACCUGUUUUCCUGCGAAUGCUCUCCGAAGUCCACAAGACAAGUACCUUCAAGUUCCAGAAAAUGGACCUGCGUAAAGAGGGCUAUGACCCCUCUGUGGUGAAAGACAGGCUCUAUUACCUGGCUCCCCGGCAGUGCCGAUAUCUUCCGCUGAACGAGGAGGUCUUCAAGAGGAUCAAAGCAGGCCAAGAGAAGCUAUAAAGACAGCGUCCUCUCUUCUCGUCACUUCGGUGCCCCCUUUUGGGGUGAGGGCCGGGGUUACACUGGGGGGGGAGUCGUAAAGGGUUAACGAGUUAAUAAAAGGCACAGCAACUUUUCUUUACAAAUUUUGUCAAUAUUUACAGAGGACGGUGGUGUGUGGUUUGGAAAGGUUGCAUACCAAAGCAUAGAAACAUUACCGCUUCCCCCCCCCCCCCACUUUUCCGGUUUCGUGGAAAGGUUGCACCCUAGGAACGGGUGCAUGGUGUGUUUUUCAUUCCUCUAGGACACCCAUAGGUCUCCAGGUGUGGUUGGACUACAACUCCCAUCAUCCACUGUCAUGGCCGUGGACGACGGAAGUUGUAGUCCAACCACAUCUGGGGACCCCUGCCCUAGGAUGAAUGUUCGGCCAGAUGGUCCAAAUUCAAAGGCCCUCUGUUAAACUUCCCUCUUUCUUUCUCUCGCUCGCUCUCCCGGCCGAAGCCACUGAGACAAACAAGGGCUGCACUGUUUGGGGACACCUCUAGGAGGCGCUGUGGUGCUUCCUAUCCCUUCCAAUCAGGCAGCUAUGGCUAGACUGCUUAUGCUGCAUUCAAGCCAUCCAACUUGCUUUCCAGAGGCCAUCCUAGCAAAACCAAAAGAAAAAAAGGUGGAUUUUUUUAAAAAAGUAUAUAAUGGGGAAGGAUUUCCUCCUUCCUUCUGGCUGCUAAAAGGUUAUCGUUAGCUUGUGGAGUGGGCGGGAAGGGAAGGGAGUGGCGGAAUAACAGGAGUGUGUGUUGGCGACCAUGGCUCGGCUUUUUAAUCCCACCCCCGGGAAAUGAUUAUUUUCUACUUUUCACAGCUGGACAUUUAUUUGUGUGCGUAUGUCUGUGUGUUCUAAUUUAUUGCCAGUUUUUGUUAAUCGAGAAAGAAAGAAAAGAGACGGAUCUACUGCUUAUUUUGCAGUUCUGUCUGUGGAAAUGCAAACUCAGUGGAUUCCUGCAUUCUCCUCCUGCUGACAGCACUGCAAUGUGUUUUUGUGUGUCAACUCCCCACUUUCUUCUACAGGGCUUUUAAAAACAUCUGAAGUAAAAGCACCGACUGUCAGUUCCUGGACUUGGGCACCCCAAUAAUUGCAUCCCUACGGGAACCCCACCUCCCUCCUAAAGGUUCCUACCUGGUGCUUAUGCCUCCUUGGUGAGGAGCUGUGCAUGUUUAUUUUAAAAUUGAUUGCUUAAAUUAUGGGUUGGAGCCUACCUCUGUGCUUUUGCUGGUUGAGGGAAUGUGUACGCUUUGUGGGAAUGUGCAUUGCACAGCAUAUCAGAGCUGGAGGAUCUAUGCUGUCACUUGAAGCAAUCAAUAGUGCACUUGUGUUUUAGAUAGGAUAGGGGUGGCCAACUACAACUCCCAUCACCCACUGCUGCAAUAAGUUGCAGCGGUGGGCCAUGGGCGUUGUAGUCCACCGACAGCUGGAAGGCUGCAGGUUGGUCUCCUCUGAGACAGGGUGUCCUGCUGCAGUAGAUGCCAUAGCUCAGUGGCAUCUCAAAAAAGAGACUGCAGAGCUGAAAACAAUGCAGAAGAAGGCAACCAAAAUGAGCCACAGGCUUGAGCAUCUUCCGUAUGAGGAAAGGCGACAGGGUUUGGGGCAUUUAAUAGUGGAUAUGAUUGAGGCUUGUAAAAUUCAUGCGUGGUGUGGAGAAAGUGGAUCGACAGGCGUUCCUCUCUGUCAUGCGCAACCCUUGAACUAGGAGUUGUCUGAUGAAACUGGCUGGUAGGCGAGUUAGAACGGACAGAAGGAAGCAUCUUGUCGUGCCGUGCAUCCUUCGUCUGUGGAACUCAUUGCCGUGGCAUGUGGUGGUGGCCACCAAUUUGGAUGGUUUGAAAAGGGGGCUCAGACCAAUUCAUCAGGCACAAGUCUGUGAAAGCUUACUAGUCUGGAUAGCUUUUGGCUGCCUCCAACAACCACAAAUAUUUAUAUACCCCUUUCCCACAAAAGUUUCCAAAGCCAUUUACAUAGAGUAACAAUACAUAAAUAAACAAGAUGGAUCCCUGUUCCCACAAAGGGCUCGCAAUCUCAAAAAUAAGAUAGACAGCCACAACAAUCACUGGUAGGGUAUUGUGCUGGGGGUAGAUAGCCUCCAAGUUUAGAGGCCAGGAUGUCCCGAAUACCUGUUGGAGGAGAGCAACACCAGGAGAGGGGUCUGUCUUCAUCUCCUAUUUGUGGGCUUCCCAGAGGCAUCUGGAGGUGGACUAGACGGGUCUUGGCCAGACCCAGCAGGCCUGAGGUUAGAGCACAAGCUUUGUAUGUCGAGGGCUGCAAGUUCAGUCCCUGGCAUCUCUGAUCAAAUGGUCUUCAAGAAGCAGAGCUAGAGAAGGGUUUUUUCGACCUGCAACCUGCUGCCGGUUGGAGUUGACAAUACUGGACAAGUUGGACUCCAUAUAAAGCAACUUCCACUCGCCUAUGAUGUGUUCCCGCCUGUUCCUUGGGCAGUGGGCUAGGCAUGAGUCCUCUUGAUUAUACCAGGCCCGCACGAGUCACCCUUGUGGUCAUGAGUCACCCUUGUGGUGGGGGAUGAUGGGAGUUGUAGUUCGGCAGCAUCUGGAGACCCCCAGGUUGAGAAACCCUGCUUGAAAACAAAAAUUAUUCUUUUAUGUAAAUAGCAGCCACAAUCCCUCCCCAAUACAGAUCGAGACGGUGACAUAGGGGAGGGACCUUUGAUGGCGGUGAUCUUCCAUUUCCGGUGUGUGUGUGGGGCUUUUCUACUGCUUUGAGGCUGUUUGAGAACCGCUGCUAUAAAGAGAAUGUGUCGGAUCAAUUUCCUAUAAAGGCCACCCACCUGUCUCAGGGUGGAGAGCUGGUCUUGUGGUAGCAGGCAUGAAUUGUCCCUUCUGCUAAGCAGGGUCUGCCCUGGUGGCAUAUGAAUGGGAGACUAUGUGUGUGAGCACUGUAAGAUGUUCCCUGUAGGAGAUAGAGCCGCUCUGGGAAGAGCAUCUGCCUGCUUGCAUGCAGGAGGUUCCAAAUUCCCUCUCUGGCAGCAUCUCCAAGAGCUGAGAGAGAUUCCUGCCUGCAACCUUGGAGAAGCCGCUGCCAGUCUGUGCAGACAAUACUGAGCUAGACGGACCAAUGGUCUGACUCGGUAUACGGCAGCUUCCUAUGUUCCUAUGUACUUAGCAGGUAGCUUUCUAGGCUGGCCAAGAAUGAGUUUUUUCUCUGGCUCUUCUUGGGUCUUAGCUGUAGCUCUCUGUACCAGAUGAUGCGGUCUCCUGUGUGAGCUUGUCUCUCUCUUCCUCACUCACACACGUAAAUGACUCUGGUGUUGGAGGGAGGGUUGCAGCCAUCAAGGAGGGGCCUGGACUCUCCAGGAAUUGGCCAGUCCCCAGGUGAUUCUUGAAAGCAAGCCCAGAGUUUUGAAAGGCCAGAUAUGGCAAAGAAUGUUGCUUCAAACUUUGGAACGGGUGGCAAUCUCCAGGAACAGCUUCAGACAGAAUCAGCAAGCUGAACUGGAGGAUAGGCCCAAGGAUUUGCAGGAGUGAAAAUCUAAGAAGGUUGUGUCCACAUGAAUAGCAUUAGGCUGCCUGUGCUUGCCUUAUAAAGGGUUCACACAAAUUUGAAGAACAACGCUAUAUCCCUCUCACUCCGACCCUUGAUUGGUAGUUCAUUAAAGUCUCCUUGACAUUCAUGGUGCAAGUAGCCAGAUGUUCUGUGGUAGAAACGGAAGGUCUUAGGUUGAAUCUCUGGUAUCUCCAGGUAGGGCUGGGGAAAAAUCACUGAAACUCAAAUUUCGGCCAGCCAAGAUAUUUGGGGGGUUGAAGAAGACAAUUCAAAAGCAGCUCCCUACCCCUUAACCCAUCUCCCCCUGCUUUGAGGCAAAUCUCAUUCACUUCAGAGCAGGUUUGUGCAGAAGAACUUAUUGGUUGAUUGUGCCCCUGUGGAUCAGAUCCAUGUGUCUCCCACUCUGCUGACUUGAUGCCACCCAAAGCUGGUGCCUCGGUGUGAAAAACACACUCCACAUCAUGGGGUAGUAAAGUUUAACAAUGAAAUGGCAUAAAAGAUGGUUUGGCAAACCAAGGUUUGUGAUCCGCUGACAAACCAGAAUCACAACCAUGGUUUGAUGUGCACGUGCAAGCCAUGGUUUUUGCUAACCAUGGUUUGGCAUGCGGUUUGAGCAGACUAACUAUAGUUGAGGGCCACUGCUCCUAGAGCGGAACACAACAGAUGACAAGCUGCUCUAAGCCAUGGCUUAUAGGUUUGGAAGCGCAAGCUAUGGCUGGGUUCUAAACCAUGGUUAGCACAACCCAUGGUUUGCUGUGGUGUCUGAACAGAGCCUCGGUCUUGAGGAGAAAUGAGAAUUUCCAUUGUAGCUUCUUCUAUUGCAGUGGCAGCUGAAAGGGCACUUAUGAAAACUCUUUCCUUUUUGUGCCGUUCUAAAUCACCUUCCACCAGCUUUCCAGAAUAGAAGGCCUAGAAGUGGAGGCAACAGUUCUGUAAACAGGGCUCCCCUUAGAGAGCCCUGGUAGGGAGCAGGGCCUGGGGCAAAUCAGCCAAUGUUCCCAUUAAUUUUUCCAUUAAUUUUCAUGGGGAUUGAAAGAGCGGGGUGGUCUCCCUGCUUGCCCUGCCCUGAGGACACCCCUGGUACACAUUUGCAACAGAAGGACCAUGAUUGCAGCAUGAUUUCUGGCCAGUCUCCCAUUAGGACUGUGUCUCUUGGAUUGACCUGACUCAAUCUGCAAUCGGUGUUUGGUCUAGUGAGGACCAACAGGGUGGUUAUAUCAGCUCUCUUGUGAUUUGUGAGUGCAUUGGAUCAGCAUACUCCACAGGGGCGGCCAUUGGAGAUGUUCUCCGGGACCGACCAGGUGCUUGCAAACAUUGCAAGGCGUGCCUCUCCUUGCAAAGCUUGUUAGAAGCACAAGGAGGAGUGUUGGCAACCUUCCCUCCUCCUUACCUCCUAUGCUCUUUCGAAGCUUGCAAGCGUUGAUUUUGAAAGGAGUCUGACCACCACCAGGGAUGUGGAGCCAGGCAGCAUGUGGAGCCAGGGAUGUGGAGCCAGGAGCCAGGCCAAAAUACCGUGAACCUGCCCCGACACUCAACAUCAGUUUCCCCAAACUUGAAGCUCCCUUACAAUCUAUCACAAGAGCUGAUAUUGUAAUAAUGAACAUGAAUUGUCCCCUUUGCUAAGCAAAGGCUUGCAUUUGAAUGGGAGACUAGAUGUGUGAGCACUGUAUAUUCCCCUUAACGGAUGGGGCUGCUCUGGGAAGAGCAGAAGGUUCCAAGUUCCCUCCCUGGCAUCAUCUCCAAGAUAGGGCUGAGAGAGAUUCCUGCCUGCAACCUUGGAGAAGCCUCUCUGUAGGCAAUAUUGAGCUAGACGGACCAAGGGUCUGACUAGGUAGAAGGCAGCUUCCGAUGUUCCUAAUCGAGAUUGAUCUUGCGUCAACACUGGCAACCUCGGAUAGGAGAUGGGCCGAACAAACAAUGUCCAUCUCGCUUUUCUCAGAGGGCAUAGGAAGGUAGGAUGUUCAUUCCUUGAGACUGUUUUCCUUGCCCAGCUGAGGAUGUGUCCUGGUAAAUGUUUGCCCAUCUUAAAGCAUCUCUUUCUGAUUGUCCCAGUGACUGCUUUGAAAGUCCACUUGUGUCUUUGAACAAUAAAUCCACUGUCUCCUUUUUGUUUGUUGCCGUUUCAACAUCUACUCAGGGAAGAUGGUGCUGCAAGGGGUAUGUGUGUGCGUGUGUGCAUGUGUGUGUGUGCGCGUUUAGGGAGGGAGUGGAGAAGAGAGAGGUGCGCUUUGGUGAUCAUGUGUUGAUCUGAAUGGCAAAUUUGUCUUUGGCCUCCGAUGCUUUCUCAUCCUUGUCACAUGACAUGUUCUGUUAUGUCGAGACACAAUGGCUUGUAAUUCCUUCUAUGGAACUAGGGGAAACAAUGGAAUCUUCGUCUCUAAUAAAAGAGGAUUUCAAACUUU